AUGGUACCUACAAUCACACCAGCCACGAUCUACUCUAAGGAGCACCUGACUCUGACAAACAAGCUAAGAAACUCAGUGGUGGAGAAGUUAUGCAGAGAUCGUAUCAACAACAGCAUUGAGCAGCUCAAGUCUCUCCUGGUUCCAGAGAUCCUAAACCAGCAGCCCGACUCCAAGCUGGACAAAGCCGACAUCCUGGAGAUGACAGUUUGCUUCCUGAGACAACAGCAACAGAACCAGCCAGUGAGCUCCUCCUCCUGCUCAGCACCUGUCAAUCAGGGUUACUCCAGGUGUGUCCAUGAGAUUGUUCACGUCCUGUCUAAAGAUGAGCUGAAGACACAGUCCCAGAGAAUACUGCUGAGCCACUUCCAGAGCCUGCAGCCAUCUUCUGAUAAGAACAGGAGUGAGAUUGACCGUCCUCAGUUGAGCUCCCCAGCCCAGCACAGCAUCAGCAAAGACAAGAGUCCAGUCAACAUCGCCCUCUGGAGGCCCUGGUAG